GAGGAAACUGCAUCUUCAGUAUCUCUGGUACGUAUUACUACUAAUCAAACUAACAACCAAGUGCGUGCCUAAUUACUUCUAACCACCACGACCUAAUCGAGGUCCUUAGUAUGUUGUGAGUACGAGAUACAGAUAGCUGUAUCGAUCCUGGUUCUUCGUUUCUGUCUUUUGUCACAGAUAAGCUGCACAGACAGCAGCGAUGUUAUCUGUGCGUAAGUGGUGGGAGGCGGAUGCCACAGCUGAUCUCCUGGAUCCCUAUGGAACCCUCGAAGACGAUGACUUCUUCGACCAUGUUGAGCAAUCGCGGCUUCCGGUUGUGGGCAAUCAGGUAUCAAGAUACUACUUAAAUAAAAAUACCAAUACAUUAUAGUGUGAUGUGAAGACUCACCAAGAUCUUAGAUUGAAACCUACUUCUCUUCUCUGUAGUCUUGAGGCCUCGAAAAUUUUCUUAUGGGAUAGUAGAUCCUUCUUUGUGUUUAUCUUAUUGUACAAAAAUCACAUCUCGUGAGUCGUGAAGUUGCUCGGUAUGCUUCCAAUCAACCUCUGAACAAAGGUGUUAGUCGACGGUUUUAUGCAAGGACGGCGGCCUCAGCAAGAUGCGACUCCUGCGACGCAGCCCACGCCUGCCAGCGAUUCCGGUUGGGUCUACAGCAUAUCAGAUGAGAACUCUGCAUCUACCCCCAAAGGCCGCACAUCAUCCGACAAUUCACAGAAAGACAUCGAUGAACAGGAUGAGAAGGUUGAUUUUUUUUAGAAUGUGCUAGAUUCAUUUUGAUGUGCUAUUUUGAUUGUUGAAGUUUGCUUGAGCACAAUGAUUCAGUGUACUUUAUAGUAUGGAGCACCACACUCACUGUAUGUGUAUGUCAUGCACAUUUAUUUCUGUUGCACCUUUAUCUUACAACUACUUCGGACACAGAUUAUCGCAAUCCUAUCUGCCGAACGAGCUACGCGCGAGAAAAUGCGGGCGCGAAAAUACAUCUUGACAGAUAAUGGAUACGUGACCCAAGCACCGGAAGUUUCAACUAGUGGUGCAGUACUAGGUGUGGGCACGACAUGUUCUUUAUCCGAUCGCACAGCGGUCAUCAGCUACGGUCCUUUUGUACCUCCAGCUUUCCCACCCGCUGCUGUCCAGUCCAGUACCGAGAAUAGCAGCCACACUUACACUGGCUCGUCGACAAGACUACUACCUGCCGAAAGUCGAUCUGCACCGCAAGUAGUGCAAAAGCAAAGCAGCUCUUCUGCUUCUUCUUCAUCAACAAGUGCAGCAGGAUUGGCAACAGCCUCAUCGCGUGAGAAGAAUGUUACCUCAGUAGCUUCCUCCUCGACAACGUCAACUACAUCUUCAUCAAGCGAGAUGACGCCAAGUAGACGGUCCUCCGCUACUUCUUCUUCAAAUACUGCACUUCGUCCAGGUGCAGCGAUCGGUGGUGCGCAGUACCUUCCCGGUUCACCAGACGGUGCGCGACACAGGACCCGCAGUCGCUUGCUUAGUGUCAGAAGUAGUCCGGGUCUAGAUACGCAGCUACGAAAAGGCGGAAUAAUUCCUCUACUCCAUGUUACGGAAGACGAGGUUGAGUCCAGUACUCACGAUUUUUCGACGAAAACCACUUCUACGACCACUUCUUCCUCAUCAGGUGGUCCCGUUUUCUUGACAGCAACCAAUAAAGCCAACUACAAGCGGAAUAAUCACGUAGUGCGGCUGGACCUCGACGAGCACGACCGGACUAGUGCACGAGGAGAGGAAGCAGGAGGCCAGCAAGAUAACGACCAGUAUCUCAUCUCAAGUCGAAACCUGAAGCGGCGUGGCUCACCCCUAGAUAGCGUUCCAAGAACGAGGGUUGCAUCUGCCAGGAAUAAUCACUCGUGAUAGAUCGAUGUGACGAAGAUACCUACGAUAGUAUAGACUUUUUUAAGAUUUAGAUAUUCCUUGAAAUCACACCACUUUCUCAUGAUUAAAUGUUUAAUCUUGAUAUCAUUAUAGAUACGAACUACAACUAUCAAAGUUUGAUAAUCAUGAUUUUAGAUCAAACACAUAGAUGCAUAUAAAAGACAGGGAUGGAACUGCAGAAAUUGGGAUAAGUACGUACCCUAUGUACACCGACUGGGCUAUCAGUUGUAUUAGAUUUUUGUGGAUAUUAUCUUAUCCUUCGUGUACUUGGCUAAGACGUGUAAGCUUGGUAGAGAACUCUUGGUUCAUAUUCAUUGAGACAAACAUGUAAUGCGAUUUUGUGACUAGAAUGUGUACGAAUUUUAUGACUAAGAAGUUGUUGUGUACGACAUUAUGAAACUGCAAUGCAGUCAUAUCGAAGAUAGGUUACCAGAUUAUACUUGUGAAUAAAAAUGAUGAAGAGGUGACACUGAU